CAGUUGGAUUUCUGCAGCGCGUACGUGCGGGUGUCCUGUGUCGAGCGAGCGAGAGAGUUUUAGAGAGAAGGAGAGCGAGCGAGCUGUCAGCUGAUCCGAGCUUUACCGUUUUACCGACGCGCAAAUACAAUUCCCAACCGAUUAUCACCGAUACCGAGUGAUCUUUGCAUGUGCCAACAUUGAAACACAAGCGAAAGUGAGGUUAUGAGUGCCCCCUAGUGCCAAAUUAGUCUAAACCAAAACCAAAACAAAACACAAACGAGCUGCAGAUGGAAAGCAACGCAUUUGGCAGCAGCCAUUUGCCGUCCCAAGCGCUCGUUGUCCUCUCGGAAGCCGCUUCCGGUCUGCACGAGGCUCUACGUGGACAACGUCCGUUUCCAUCGAGAGUAAUCCCUUUCGAUUUCCCCCUCUUGCAGCUACCCGACGCCAAAGAUCUGCACAAUAUGUCACUAGUCGGCAACUACUUCAAUCCGCACCUGCUGCUCAACCACGGGAUGCUGGUGGCCAACGGAGCGGCGGCGGCAGCGGCGGCGGCGGGAGCGGGACCGGCCAGCUACUUUGCCAGUGACCGCUCGCCGCUGGGCAAGCCGUCGGUGCUGUCCAACUUCUCGCUGCCGUCGGCCUUCUCGCCGCCCAAGUACAUCGGCAUAUCCCUGGAUCAGAAUCUGUUCAAUGGCAGCGAAUCAUUUCGCACGGAUUCGGCCAGCCCCACAUGCACAUCGCACGAAUCCAUGGAGGGAUCACAGGAUUACGAUGCCGUUGAAAAGGGUGAAAGUCCGCGCAGCAAUAAUUCUCAGGAUCCCAGGGAUUUGAGACAUCUGCAUAAUGCGGGGAAGAGCCACCAGGCACUGGCCACUUCCUCGUCGGCGUCCAGCUCCUCGUCCUCCUCCUGCUCCACCAGCAAUCCCGCCAUCAGCACGGCGACCAGCAGCGUUGCCGUUUCGAUGGCCAGCCACCUGGCCGCCUCCUCGCCGCACCAUCACCCCCACACGCACGCCCACUCGCACCCGCAUCCGUUGGCCCAUCCGCACGCCCAUAGCCAUCACCACGUGGGCCACCAUGUGGGGGCACCUCCGGUGUCCACGGCGGUGACGACGCACCACCACAUGGCCCAUCCCCAUCCGCUGUCGCACCACCACGCCGCCCACCACGCGGCCUUGGCCAGCUUGAGCAUGGCGGGUCUGCGAGCAGUUCCCGGCGGAUUGAGCCUGGUCAGUGGGCUGCAGGCGGCAGCUGCCGGCGGUGCUAUUCCCGAGAUGUGCCCCGUUUGCGGACUGAAGCUGAGCGCCGAGGAGUGGCACACCCACUUCCUCACCGAACUGGACAGGCUCUACAAGCUGAGUGCGGGAUUCGAGAGGGCCAGUCUGCAGGCCACCUACAUGUUUGCUCCUCCAUGUCCCGCGCAGGAGAACGCCAUUCGCACCAGUCACAACCGCUGGGAGACCUUUCAGAGAAUACGUAACAAUCGCCAGAACCGACUGAGACUCAAAGUGCGAAAGCGCAAGUACGGCGAAAUGUACAUGAUGGAGAGUCUUUACUGUAGCAGUUGUCCGAUCUGCAAGAGGAAGUACGCCUUGGAGACGGGGAAGAUUCCUCCGGAGGACGAUGCCAAAUCGCAGGAGGAGAUCGAAACGGUGGAUGUGGAGAGCUGCAACGACGAAGUGCCCGACUCAGGUUCGGAGCUGGCUACUCCGAGUUCUGGGUCAUCCGGCACGGUUAUGCCGCCCUCCAGUAUGCACAACAGCAACUCGCAGCCGGGCAAGCUGGACGGGAUUCUCUACCGGACGGGCUGUGUGCUCAGCCAGAAGGAUCCGCAUCCCGACGAGCAUGACGUGAGCACCAAUGUGACAACGGCGAGCAGCAGUAGUUGGCCGGGAGAGGCACCAACCCAGGCACAUAUCAGUGUUAAAACCGUCAGCGAGCUGUCAUCCACCACACACCACUACUACAACGCGGACUCAUGCGGCGUGGGCGUAAACGACACCAACAGCAGCAGCAGCACCCACAACAACGGCGGUGGCAGCAACAAGGAUCUGAUGAUGGACACGGCCUCCUGCCAAAACGACAGCGACGAGGACGUGAUUGUGGACGACGACGACACCGUGAAGCUGACGAGCAAAAUCAACUAUGGCAAGAUUCAGCGCCGCCAGGACGAGCAGAACGUCGGCAGCAGCAGAUCCCUCGAGAACAUCUCACCGGUGGAGGAGCGACCGCGGUCGGAGCCGCAGGUGAGCAGCACCGAACCCGGACCCAUGGACAUAUCUCACAACAACAACAAUAACAACAACAACAACAACAACAAUAGCAACAGUAAUAACAACAACAAUCCGUCGACGAAAUACGCAGAGAGCAUGGAGAACAGCCUGUCGCAGUUGUCGUCGAUGGGCGUGCCGGGAUUAACGCAAUUGGACACAAAGGUGGGGAUUAGUUCGGAUUUAAAACCGGACGAUGAAAACAAAUGUUUCAUUUGUAAGACAGGCUUAAAGGAUCUCAACACGGAUGCGUUUCUGCGCGGCCGUAACUUUUACUUCCACCAGAGUUGUGCCAACGUCAUGAGCAGCUACCGGCUGAACAAGGAGCUUCUCAGCCAGGCCCAGAAUCAACAGAGGGCGGCCGCCAACGGAAACGGAAAUGGCAGUGGGAUCGGAAUUGGGGAUUCGGGCGGCGCCACGGCAACGCCCCGCAGCCUUUCACCUGCCCAAUCUCCGCAGCAGAGCGUUUCGCAGGCCAUGGAGUGAGCGGAGGAGUGGAUGGGAUAAUAGCAAUCAAAGCGUGAAUUUAUUAAAAUUAAUUAAGAACAUAUUGUAUUCGAGGUAGCUAAUGAAACGCGACGAGCCGAAGUGGUUAAUGGGGCAUCCCCAAAGUAGGCAACACCAGCCACGCCCACCAAAAAAAAAAAAAAAAAAAAAAAAAGAGUGUGGUGGAAUCCCAAUGUUUUUGCCCUGUAUAAAUUCUACAUGUAAAAUUGAUUUUGUUUUCAUUUCGAAUGGAAUUGGUUCUGUGUAAAAGAAUGUUUUAGUGCAAUUUUUGAGUUGCCUUCUCAACGGUCGUAUUAUGUAAUAUCAGUAUGUAUGUACUACUCGUAGUUUCCCUGAACGUGCUAUAAUUGUUAAAUGUUUGAUUGAUAACGAAACAAACAAUAUACGAUAAAUGAGAAUAAUUAUCAUCUCUAAGCAAACUAGUUGUAAAUUCUUAAGCCC